GCUCCACCCCCUCGGCCCUCCCCACCCCCCCACCUCUCUCUUUGAGAAUCGAAGCAGCUAUGGAAUCAAUACUGGUAGAAUGUGUACAGAACAGCCUUCGCCAUUACAUGUACCGGAACGCCAUUUUCAUGUGCGAACGCCUUUGCGCUGAGUUCCCUUCUGAGAUGAAUUUGCAAUUAUUGGCUGGCUGUUACUUGCACAGCAAUCAAUCUUAUGCUGCAUACCAUAUUUUAAAGGGAACGGAAAUGGCUCAAUCGCGCUACUUGUUUGCACUAUCAUGCUUUCAGAUGGAUCUUCUUAAUGAAGCCGAAGCAGCAUUAUGCCCUCCUAAUGAGCCUGGUGCAGAGAUUCCGAAUGGUGCAGCUGGUCAUUACCUUUUAGGACUUAUUCACAGGUACACUGAUAGAAGGAAAACUGCCAUACAUCACUUUAAGCAGGCAUUAUCCACAGAUCCUUUAAUGUGGGCUGCAUAUGAGGAGCUUUGUGUCCUAGGUGCUUCUGAUGAAGCAACUAUAGUUUUUGGUGAAGCUGCAACUAUUCGCAUACAAAAGCAGUACUUGCCCCAGGGAUCAUCUUCCCAAAGCUUGCCCAUGUCAAAUGAGGAUCAUAGCUUAGUUUCUGCUGGCAACUUUGGCCCAGGUUCAGAUGACACCAGUCCAAGGCAAUUGAAACACAUGCAAGGAAAUAGCUUAAGAGAUAUUCCUGUCAAUUAUUAUGGAGCAGCUGCACUGGGAGGAGCUGCUACUCAGCCUUCAAAUGGCGGUUUGUCUAACAUAUGCUUCUAUAAUACCCCUUCACCAAUGGCCUCGCAGUUGUCGGGUGUUGCCCCACCACCUAUGUGUAGAAAUGCACAGCCAAAUAGCCCGAACCAAAGCACAGUCAAUGCUGAUAGCUCUCCAAGGUCCACAGUGAACUCUACCAUUCAAGCCCCUCGAAGAAAGUUUGUCGAUGAAGGAAAAUUACGGAAGAUUUCUGGGCGAUUAUUUUCUGAUUCUGGUGCUCGACGAAGUACUAGGAUUUCUGGAGAUGUAGGGGCCAACACAAAUAUGAGUGCCACAAUGGUAGUUGGAAAUGGAACUAGCAACUUUUCAAAAUAUCUUGGAGGUUCCAAGCUGAGUUCGAUGGCAUUUCGUGCUGUGACAGUUCGCAAGAGUCAGUCAUGGACCAAUGAAAAUAUUGAUGAAGGGAUACACAAUGAAACUUUUGCUGAUCCUCGUUCAAACAUUAUAUCAACAACUUCUAGUACAUCUCCCUAUGGUGAUACUAGAUCUCUUGAUCAAGGUGCAAUGGUUCCAAUUAGUGGAGGUAUCAUGAAUGAUUCAAGAGCCAUUAGUGGCGCUUCAGAAAUAAUCGACCUUCUGAGAACUCUCGGGGAAGGGUACAGACUUUCGUGCAUGUACAGGUGCCAGGAAGCGCUGGAUGUCUAUCUUAAACUUCCACACCAACAUUAUAACACUGGCUGGGUGCUUUCCCAGGUUGGAAAAGCAUACUUUGAAAUGGUUAAUUAUUCAGAAGCUGAUGGGGCCUUCGGUCUUGCCCGUCAGGCAUCCCCUUACGGUUUAGAAGGAAUGGAUACAUAUUCUACAGUUCUUUAUCAUUUGAAGGAAGAUAUGAAGUUGAGUUAUCUGGCUCAAGAACUUAUAUCAAUUGACCGCUUAGCUCCUCAAUCUUGGUGUGCUAUUGGAAAUUGCUAUAGCUUGCAGAAAGACCAUGAAGCUGCACUUAAAAAUUUCCAGCGAGCUGUUCAACUUAAUCCAAGAUUUGCAUAUGCACACACCCUUUGUGGUCAUGAAUAUGUAGCUUUAGAGGAUUUUGAGAAUGGAAUUAAGAGCUACCAGAGUGCACUUAGGGUUGAUGCAAGGCAUUAUAACUCCUGGUAUGGGCUUGGAAUGAUAUAUCUUCGUCAAGAGAAGUAUGAGUUUUCAGAGCAUCACUUCCGGAUGGCUUUCCUAAUAAACCCACGUUCUUCUGUUAUAUUGUCUUAUCUUGGUACAGCUUUGCACACGUUAAAGAGAAGUGACGAAGCUUUGGUGAUAAUGGAGAAGGCUAUUUUAGCAGAUAAGAAGAAUCCCCUUCCCAUGUAUCAGAAGGCUAAUAUACUAGUGAGCUUAGAAAAACUGGAUGAAGCUCUUGAAGUCCUGGAGGAGCUUAAAGAGUAUGCCCCUCGUGAAAGCAGCAUAUAUGCGUUGAUGGGUAAGAUUUAUAAGCGGCGUAAUAUGCAUGACAAAGCGAUGCUUCAUUUUGGUCUUGCUUUAGAUUUGAAACCACCUGCAACAGACGUAGCUGCCAUUAAGGCUGCCAUUGAGAAGUUGCAUGUGCCAGAUGAACUACAAGACUACUUGUAGAUCUACUCGAUAUUGGCCCUUGACAGGCAGAAAUGGAGGGCGAUUAUUCGGCUCAGAUAAUCCAGCCUCCAAGGAGUUUGACCUGCUUGUGCUUUCGAUGGAUGAUGAAUAUAACGGCUACAUGCUUGGGGCCUGAUUGUUUGUGCUGGUGCCCCUUUUAGUUGGCAGAUCAUGUGGAACUGACCUCGUUCUUUUGGUGAUUCGCAUGCGACCCGAGGUUUUGAUAUAACAAAUGGGUUAAAAGCUAUGAUGCUUGUAUGGAAAGUGGCAUUACAAUGCCAAAGAAAUCUUUUAUAAUUAGUCUGUAUUAGCCAUUCGUAGGUGUAGUUGGCCUGCCCAUCCAAUUCAUACAAGGUCUUAAUAUGUUCUAUAUUAUUUAAUUCUGCUGAUCAACAUGUAUAGUCAGAUUGCUGAUCUGCAUCAACUGAUCUAACCUGUGAAAAUUAGUGAUUUACUUUUUGAUUUGAACAUUAUGACUCAAUUAUAUGCUGUGUGAAUUGUCUUUUCA